CACACUUAAGAGCCCAUUUGGGAGAGGGUUCAAUUGGAAUUUCAGAAUACGUCACCCUUUACACCAGACUCUACACACACAGUCUCUGAAGCCAAACUCCAUUGUUCAGUCACUGAAACGAAGACUCCAAAAACAAUAGCUUCUCCAGGGAUGGCCAGAAACUUGGGAUUUCUGGUUGUAGCGCUUUUAGUUCUGGCGUCGAGCUGUGACUCGGCCAUCUUCAGCCCGGUGUCCGAGUCUCAUCGAUCUGCGGCGUUGGAGCUCUUUUCGCCGAUUGAUGGAUCUUUUGGAAGUCUGGAGGAGACAUAUGAGGCACUGAAGACAUUUGAGGUUCUUGGUAUCAAGAAAAAGCCUGAUAUAAGAACUUCUGCUUGUGCAUCCGUAGUGGACACUCUACAGUCUACUUCUUCAGCAUUAAAGGAUUUAUUCCAUGCAUUAAGAGUAAAUGGCAUCCUGAAGUGUGAUCUAAGCAAUGAGGCUUUUACGGGAAUUGAAUCUAGACUUAAAGAUUCUCUAAAUGCUGCCAAUUCACUUCUUGAUUUUUAUUAUUCCAUCGGAGGUUUAAUGCUUGUAAAGGAUCAGACUUCUGUAGUGCAUGUUCAUCUGGGAGAUGCUGAUAAAAUUUUUCGUUCUAUAAAGGCUCUCAGUCAGAGUGAUGGGAGGUGGCGCCUUAGUUCCAACAACCCAGAGUCUAGUAAUGAUGCUGCUGGGAUAGCACUUGAAACCCUGGCUGGAGUUAUCUCUUUAGCAUCUUCUGAGAUUGAUCAUUCUUUGAUUGCCACUUUGAAAAAUGACAUUGCAAAGCUCUUUGAUGGUAUUGAAAGAUACGAUGAUGGGACUUGUUACUUUGAUGAGAAACUUGUUGAUGCACGUGGGCAUCAUGGUCCUCUUUCAGCCUCUGCAUCAGUUGUCCGUGGAGUCACAGCUUUUGCAGCAGUCACCUCUGAGAGUUUAAAUCUUCCAGGGGAGAAGAUUUUGGGUUUGGCUAAAUUUUUCCUUGGCAUUGGAGUUCCUGGAGGUGCCAAAGACUUGUAUUACCAAAUCCUUGCCUUGGCUUGCCUGGAAAACAUUAGGGGAUCGGUUCCUCUGAUCUUAUCGCUGCCAGCAACUGUCCUUUCAGUCACCAAGAAAGAUCAACUUAAGGUUCGGCUCAGUACUGUAUUGGGUUCUUCUGCUCCUCCUUUGUCGGUCAAGCUCAUGCAGAUUUUUGUCUCUGGUUCGAAAGAUGCUUCUAUCAUUGACCAGAAGCUCAAGUUUGACCCUGACAAUUCAGUGCAUGUGUUGGAAAAGUUGCCACCAAAUGUUAAUGUUGGAAACUACAUUUUCUCUUUUGAGGUUGUAUUUGACGACCCUGAGCAUAAGAAAAACUAUGUGACUGGAGGACGAACUAAAGUACCAAUUCAUUUUACUGGAAUCAUUAAGAUUGAUAGUGCAGAGAUUGCAGUACUUGACAGUGAUCUUGGGAGCAUUGAAAGUCAGAAAAAGCUGGAGUUACCAGGAGAAAAUGCCGUUGCUUUAUCAGCUAAUCACCUCCAGAAGUUGAGGUUGUCCUUUCAAUUGAUCACACCUGCUGGACAAGCUUUCAAGCCUCACCAGGCCUUCCUAAAGCUGAGACAUGAGAGUGGAGUUGAACACAUCUUUGUGGUUGGGAACUCGGGGAAAAAGUUUGAGAUCGUUCUAGAUUUUCUGGGGCUGGUUGAGAAGUUUUACUAUUUAUCUGGUAGAUAUGAAAUUCAACUUACAGUUGGAGACUCUGUCAUGGAGAACUCUUUCUUGCAACCUCUGGGCCACAUUGAAUUAGAUCUUCCAGAUGCACCUGAAAAGGCAGCACGUCCUCCUCCACAACCCGUUGACCCAUACACCAGAUAUGGGCCUAAGGCGGAAAUAACUCACAUUUUCAGGGCUCCAGAGAAGCGCCCCCCUAGAGAGCUUUCUCUUGCUUUCUUGGGCCUAGUUCUCUUACCAUUUUUUGGUUUCUUGGCUGGGCUUGUGCUCCUUCGUGCCAACCUCAAGAAUUGGCCCAAGUCAACUGUUCCUGCAACUUUUGCUAGUCUCUUCCAUCUGGGCAUUGCAGCAGUUCUGUUACUCUAUGCAUUCUUCUGGUUCAAGUUGGAUCUAUUCACAACAUUGAAGGUACUCAGCAUAUUGGGUGUUUUCUUGAUGUUUGUCGGACACAAGACACUAUCCCACCUUGCAUCCACGUCGGCCAAGUUGAAAUCUGCAUGAUAGUCCUAAUCCCUAUUCUGAGAGCUUCAGGAAGAGGAAGCUACUAAAAAAGAGAACUAGGUUUGAAAUUUUCAUUCAAUCUUGUCAAGAACAGAGGAAACUAAGCUGUGUAAUUGCACCAGAAAUUCAGGACAGAAAAUUUUGAUAUUUAAGUAUUAGCAGACGUCCUACACAGAAUUAACCGUUGGUAGGUGUUUAGGCAUGGAUAUGUUAAUUCUGGGCAUAGCCAAACACGAAGAUAAGAGACUUGUGCUCUGCCAGCCAACAUCAUAAUUUGUCUCAAUUGCGCGUUAUAUUGCAGGUAAUCGCAUAGUAAUCCUUAUUUGAUC